CACUUCUUGAAAAAAUUCCCAUUUUGCCCUUUAAAUAGCCGGAGCUUCUCUCCGCAAGCUUGCAAUCACCAAAUCGACGUUCAGCAUUUGAUUUUCAACAAAAUAUACGAGUAGAGAAAAAUGAGUAUUGUGGUUGAAGCUUUGGGGGAGUUGCUGAAUUUCCCGGAAACAAUUCUAUCCUCUCCGCGCACAAAUGAUCACGGUAGCCACCUCCACCGCGGCGGCGCCGCCGCCGCCAUGCCGGCUGAUAUUAUCGACGCGGCCAAGGAGUACACAUUCUACGUUGACGUUCCCGGCCUCUCAAAAUCGGAUAUUCAGGUGACGGUGGAAGAGGAGAACACGUUGGUGAUAAAGAGCAACGGAAAGAGGAAGCGGGAAGAUCGGGAGGAAGAAGGGUGCAAGUACAUAAGGCUGGAGAGGCGGCCGCCGCCGCAGAAGCUGACGAGGAAAUUCCGCCUGCCGGAGAAUUGCAACGUUUCGGCGGUUACCGCAAAAUGUGAGAAUGGGGUGUUGACGGUGGUGGUGGAGAAGCUUCCGCCGCCGCCUAAGCCGAAGACCGUCCAGGUUACAAUAUCUUGAAGUGGAUGUCCGCCGCUAGUUGUAGCUCUGUUUUUGCUUAAUGCAUGGUAGAUUUUGUUAAUUAGUAAUCAAUGUUUUAAGCUAUUUAGAUAAAACAGUUCAAUCUGUACUAACUCUAUGUUGUUAUCAAUAAAUAAAAAAUCGAAUCUAUGUUUUAUAAAAAAUAAUACAAUGUCCGGAAAGAAAUGGAUAUAUAAAAAAAAAAAUAUUGCAAAGUUUUCAAUACUAAUCAACAAGAAAUAUUUGAAUUCUUGUGUAAAAGUCCCACAGCCACACUCAUGAAAUUUCUACAACAUAACUUAUCCCCAACAAAAGGGAAUAAAAAC